AUGCCGCGCUCGGUGCCCUCCAGCGAGGAGGACGAGGGCGGCCGCGGCUCCGAGUACCCCGAGGCCGAUUCCGACUCCGGGAGCUCCCGCGAGGGUCCCCCCGGACCCGGAACCAACCCCGGGGUCCCCCGAAAAUCCCGGGGACCCUCCCGGGCCCCCCCGGGCCCCGAGGAGGCGAAUUUCAGCAUGAUGGUUUUCCGUAUCGGCAUCCCCGACCUGCACCAGACAAAGUGCCUCCGUUUCGACCCGGGCGCGGCCGUGUGGGCGGCCAAGCAGCAGCUGCUGUGUGCUUUGACCGAGGGGCUCCACGACGGCCUCAACUACGGCCUCUUCCAGCCCGCGGCCGCCGGACGCGACGCCAAAUUCCUGGACGAGGAGCGGCCGCUCCGGGAUUAUCCCCAGAGCUUCGACCAGGGCGUGCCCUACCUGGAGUUCCGGUACAAGACCCGGGUGUACAAACAAACCAACCUGGACGAGAAACAACUGGCCAAGCUGCACACCAAGACGGGGCUGCGGAAGUUUCUGGAUUACGUCCAGCACGGUUCUGCCGAGAAGGUGGCGCGGCUGCUGGAGCGGGGGCUGGACCCCAACUACCACGACUCGGACUCGGGGGAGACGCCGCUGACGCUGGCGGCGCAGCGCGAGGGCCCAGGUGAGGUGGAGAUCAUCCGCCUGCUCUGCCUGGGCGGGGCUCACCUGGAUUUCCGCGCCCGCGACGGCGCCACCGCCCUGCACCGGGCGGUGUGCACCAGGAGAUACCCUGCGCUGCUGGCGCUGCUGGACCUGGGCGGGUCCCCGAACUACAAGGACCGGCGGGGUCUGACCCCCCUGUACCACACGGCCAUGGUGGGCGGGGACCCGCGGUGCUGCGAGCUGCUGCUCUACAACCGCGCGCACAUCGGCACGGCCGACGAGAACGGCUGGCAGGAGAUCCACCAGGCGUGCCAGCACGGUCACUCGCAGCACUUGGAGCAUUUGCUGUUCUACGGCGCCGAGGCGGCCGCGCAGAACGCGUCGGGGAACACGGCGCUGCACAUCUGCGCCCUGUACAACAAGGAGAGCUGUGCCCGCAUCCUCCUGUACCGAGGGGCCAACAAGGAGGUGAAGAACAACAGCGGGCAGACCCCGUUCCAGGUCGCGGUGAUCGCCGGGAAUUUCGAGCUGGGGGAGCUCAUCAAGAACCACCGGGACAGCGACGUGGUCCCGUUCCAGGAGAGCCCCCAAUUCGCCGGGCGCCGCCGGGAGGGGCUUCGGGGGCUCCCCCUCCCCCCCCAGCGCCUCCUUCGGGCCAACAGCGACACCGGGGGGGGGGCCCUGCCCGAGUGGGUCCUGAGGGGUCCCCCCGGGGCCCCCCCAGCCCCUCGACCCCCCUCGGGGACCCUGCGCAGCUCCAGCUCCCCCCGGGGGGCUCGGGCUCGAUCCCCGUCCCGGGGGCGGCACCCGGAGGAGCCUCGGAGGCAACCGAGGGGCAGGCCCAGCUCGAGCGGUCUGAGCCGCGACCCCGGCCCUGCCGGGACCCCCGGGGGUACCCUGGGCUCUCGGGGGGUCAAACGCAAACUCUACUCGGCCGUGCCCGGCCGCGCUUUCCUGGCCGUGCGCUCGUACCAGGCCCAGGGCGAGGGCGAGCUCAGCCUCAGCAAGGGCGAGCGCAUCAAAGUGCUGAGCGUGGGCGAGGGUGGAUUUUGGGAGGGCCAGGCCCGAGGCCGGGUCGGGUGGUUCCCGUCCGAGUGCGUGGAGGAGGUGCCCCCCCGAACCCCCGAGGGCAAGACAGAGUCUCGCAGUGACAAAGCCAAGCGUCUGUUCCGCCAUUACACCGUGGGAUCCUACGACAGCUUCGACGCCCCCAGUCUCCCCCUGGAAGAAGCGCAGUGCUCGGACAAGAAGAGGACGGUGUACCAGAUGGCUCUGAACAAACUUGACGAAAUUUUGGCCGCGGCGCAGCAGAGCAUCAGUGCGGGGGAGGGGCCAGGAGCCCCCCUGGGACCCCCCCUGGGGAAGGGGGGGGGGCGCCCCAAGGGAUUCUUCGGAGCCGAGUUUGAUCUCCCAGUUCGUUCCCAGUUUGAUCUCCCCAUUCGUUCCCAGUUUGAUCUCCCCGUUCGUUCCCAGUUUGAUCUCCCCAUUCGUUCCCAGUUUGAUCUCCCCGUUCGUUCCCAGUUUGAUCUCCCCAUUCGUUCCCAGUUUGAUCUCCCCGUUCGUUCCCAGUUUGAUCUCCCCAUUUGUUCCCAGUUUGAUCUCCCAGUUCGUUCCCAGUUUGAUCUCCCAGUUCGUUCCCAGUUUGAUCUCCCCAUUCGUUCCCAGUUUGAUCUCCCCGUUCGUUCCCAGUUUGAUCUCCCAGUUCGUUCCCAGUUCCAUCACCCCAUUCGUUCCCAGUUUGAUCUCCCAGGUCCCUUCGAGCCCCGCCUUCCCCCGGGGGGUUUCGAGCGCUCCUUCCCGGGACCCCCCCAGGGGCUGAUGCUGCGCCAGAAAUCCAUCGGUGCCCCCGAGGAGGACAAGCCUUACCUGGCCCCCCCCGUGGCCAAGUUCAGCCGCAGCCUCUCGGUGCCGGGCACGGACGAGAUCCCCCCUCCCCCCACCACCUCCCCCCCGGACCCCCCUUACACCGCCCCUCCCCCACCCAGCCCCCGCAUCGGGGUCGUGGGGGGAGGGGGUCCCUGGCGACUUUACAACUUGGGGGGAGGGGCGGUCCCAAGGGGUGGGGGAGGGGCGGGGGGACCCCCGAAACCUCUGCGGAGGAAAGGACCCCUGGUGAAACAGACCAAGGUGGAGGAGGGGGGAGGGGCGGGGGCGGUGGGGGGAGGGGCCGACAAGAGCUCUAUCGCGAUACCCACGAUCGUCGUCAAAGCCCCCUCCACCAGCAGCUCGGGCCGCAGCAGCCGCGGGAGCAGCCUGGAGGCCGAGGGGGGAGGGGCGCCGGGGGGAGGGGCGCCGGGGGGUGGGGCGCCGGGGGGAGGGGCGGUGGCUUCUCAGGACGGGGCGGGUCCGGCGGGGGUUUCCGCCGCCCCUCCCCCCCCGGGGUUGGAUUUCACCUCGCGGUUCGGGGCGGCGCUGGUGGGGGCGGGGCGGAGGGAGUGGGGGGCGGGGCGGCGCUCGGCGCUCUUCCUCAGCACCGAGGAGGAGGAGGAGGAGGGAGGGGCGCUGGGGGUGGGCGCGGCCGCCUCCCCCUCCCCCCGAUUGCGUCACUCCAAAAGCAUCGACGAGGGGAUGUUCGCGGCGGGGGGAGGGGCGGAUCCCUUCGGCCCCUCCCCCACCCCCCGCGGCUUCCGGGGUGGGGGGAGGGGCGGCGGUGGCGGCCAGGGCGGGGGGAGGGGCAGCGCUUUCAGCAGCGUGGGGGGCGGGGGAGGGGGGGGCGUGUCCGCCCCUCCCCCGCUGCACGCGGGGUCCGCCGCCAUUCACCCCGGAGCGGCCCCAGGGCGGGUCCGCUUCGCCGACACCGGGGGUGGGGGAGGGGCGGGGGGCGGGGCUUUGCUCGCCCUGCCCCCACCCGCCCCGUCCGUGGACGGGGACGAGGAGCUGCUGCUGGCCGAGCCCCUCCCCCCGCCCCUGGAAUUCGCCAACAGCUUCGAGACCCCUCCCCCAGCCUUGCCCCUCCCCCACCCCCAGGAGGGAGCCCCUCCCCCCCAGGUGGGCGACUCGGCCGCCUCCAGCCUCACCUCGUACGACAGCGAGGUGGCCACGCUGACCCAGGCGGGGGGGGGAGGGGCGAGCCACGACCCCCGGCGCGGUGGGGGAGGGGCCGGGGUUUUCGGGGUGGGGGUCGCCCCUCCCCCUCCUCCCCCCCCCCCGCCCCCCGAGGGCGCCGAGGCCGUGACGGACUCCGGGAUCGAGGAGGUGGACAGCAGGAGCAGCAGCGACCACCCCCCCGAGGGACCCCCGGAAUUCGGGCCAGAGCCGAGGAGCGGCGUGGGCGAGAGCGGGACACGAGGGAGGAUACGGAGGAGGGAGGCACAGCCCCCCCCCUCCACCGCCCUUUUCCCCCAUUGGCCGCCGCCCCCCCCAAAACCCACAGGUGGAGUGGGCGUGGCCGUGGGGGGCGACCUGGACGUUCGCCCCCCCCUCCGCCGCGCGCCCAGCCCCGCCCCUCCCCCCUCGGAACGCCGCGGGAGCCCCGCCCCUCGCCCCGCCUCCUUACCCACCUUACCUGCGGCUCACCUGUACGGAGGUUACCUGGAGCUGCGCGGCGCUUUCCCCGACGCUUCCCCGGCUCGCUCGCUGUCCCCUCCUCGAGCCGCCGCUCCCGGGAAACCUUUCGGGGCGAAGCCUUUGGCGUUCUGGAGCAAAUUCGACGUGGCGGACUGGCUGGAAUCCUUAAACCUGGGCGAGCACCGCGCGCGUUUCCUGCACAACGAGAUCGACGGGACUCACCUGCCCGCGCUCACCAAGGAGGAUUACAUCGACCUGGGCGUGACCCGCGUGGGGCACCGCAUGAACAUCGACCGGGCCCUGCGCCUCUUCCUCGAGAGGUGA